AUGUGUGUAAGACUGACACCGACAGGUUCUGAUGGCGCAUCUUAUGUUAGUGGGCAAAGCCAUUUCGCUGGCGUUCCCUUGAUUGAGUUGAAAUUGACGAGGGAGAUUGCACACACACAACAGAAGGAGAGCAAUGAAGGCGAAAGUAGCAAGGCUCCCAUGUACAGAUUGCCAGCUGCCUCGCCACAGUCAGCCGCUCAUGAACUAGGGGAGCCAAAACUGCUGCCGUCGACAGUCGAGCAUGCUGAAUCGAGUAUCCGGCGGACUCCCGCUGAAGCUGCAGCCGCCGCCGCCUUACUGCAACUGUCUUCAGCUUCGGUGUUCGGCAGCGACAGCUCUGCUGAGCCAAUGGGCACCCAAGCGUUUUCUGACCAGGGCUCGACAUUAUCUGAGGGCCCGUUUGAGGGGGGAUAUGCUCAGGAACAAGUGCACGAGUCAGUUAUGUUGGCCCAUCCAGUGCAGUCGGAUGCAUCGAGUCUUUCUCUUAGCGUCCGAGAAGCAUCAUUCGAGCAAGCUUUUUAUCACAUUCCGUUUCUGCAGUCGCAUAUGGGUUUGCGGACACUUAAUGCAGGCCGGGCUUUUUCGGUUGUGCACUCCGCCCAACGUAUUUUCCCUUCUGUGUGGCAUGCCCAAGGGCUGCUUUCGCCUCAAACGAUAUCGACGGGAGAACUCCACACGUUUGAGGGGGGAUAUGCCCAGGAACAAGUGCACGAGUCAGUUAUGUUGGCCCAUCCAGUGCAAACAAGUGCACGAGUCAGUUAUGUUGGCCCAUCCAGUGCAGUCGGAUGCAUCGAGUCUUUCUCUUAG